UCAUCCAACGAACCUUUUCACUCAUUGAACCGGAUUAUCAAACAACAUCACAUCCUUUAAAGUGCCUUGCAACAAGUACACCCACAAAAAGCCUUUUCUCCAACCAAUCUAUUCACUCAUUAAACCGGGUUAUCAAACAACAUGACGAUCGGUGAGGUGCUGUCUGCAUCUUCUUCGACGAAUAGUGCAAAUUGCACAAUUGAACUCCGCCCUUACUACGAACACGAUGCGGAAGAGAACAACCACCAUAACGACAGCUCCAAUCUGUGUGAGCAUCGAUGCGGCUUACUCCUCUACGAGGCUUUGAAUAAUUCUUUGGCGACAUCUUCCUACAUCAACGUCCCUGAAAACAGCCCUCUGAGAGGCGGAUGGCCAGCACUUGCCGAACUUAUCGACCCGAUCGAGCAUAUGAGCUUCUGCGAAGCCUGUCCGAGGGAACCAGCCUACCGAGACUAUUUCCACACAGUCUGCGAUGGAAUCGUCCGACAAUACAAGAACUUCUACCAAAUACUUUUUCGGCAAUACAACCAAAACGACUUUGUUGCGAUCUACUACAACGACUACUACAACGAGCAUAUCUUCACGGAAUAUAUCCGCCAAAUCGAUCGGAUACUCGAUAUUAUAAGCCGACUGAGUUACACCUUGGCAUACCAGCCCGUCUACGAUGGAGAUUCCUGGAAUAUCAUGUUCGAUCAAGCCAUACGACUGUCAGACGCCACAUACGACCUUCGAGAUCGGGUGAUGUCCAACCAAAACUAAGAGAGUGGAGUGAUACCUUACCUUGAAAGGUGCUCCAUGGGAUAAGUGUACGAGUAUUGAAUGGGGUAUUGUUAAAUGGAGUGAUACCUUGAAAGGUGCUCCAUCGGAUAAGUGUAUGAGUAUGAGUAUUGAAAGGGGUCUUCUUGAAUGGAGUGAUACCUUGAAAGGUACUCCGUGAGAUUUGUGUACGAGUAUUGAACCUGGGUUUGCUGAAGGGAGUGAUGCCUUCAAAGGUGCUCUCUGAUAUUGGUGUACGACUUUUGGAUUGCUGUUGAGUGUUUGGCCUCCUUGGAGAGGGUCAGGAGUUGAUCAUGUUGCUAGCGUGCUAGCGUUGUCCUGUACUUAUAUAUCCGAG